CCGGGGGCCUGAUUGAAGAUGGGGAGGAGGACGGGGCCUGGAGCCGGGUUGAAGGCCCGGCCCGGCGUGCGGGGUCACCCGAGACGCAGCCGGAGCCGUAGGUCGCGCGGGGGAGCCGAACCGAAGCUCCAGGACCCGGGGACGGGACCGGGGCCGAAACCGAGACCGAGACCGGGGCCGGGACCGGGACCGGGGUCCGCCCGCCGCAGCCACAGCUCAACCAUGGGACUCGCUCCGGCCGCCGCCCCCACCCUCCGCCGCCGCCGCCGCCGCCUUGGUCUCCUGCUCCCGUUCCCGCUCCCGCCGCUGCUGUUGCUGCUCCUACCGCCGGGGCCCGGGAGCCGAGCUCCGGCCGGAGCCACCGCCACCAGCGCCGCCGGGGAGGUUGUGGGGGACCCCCAGGUGGCCCUGGGCUGCGGGACGCUGUCCCUGCACCGGGACCUGCGGACGGGCCGCUGGCAGCCGGACCCCCAGCGCUCCCACGGCUGCUUCCGGGGCCCUCACCAAGUCUUGGCCUACUGCCAGCAGAUGUACCCGGAGCUGCGGGUGGGACGGGUGGAGGCGGCUGAGCCGAUUCCCAUGGCUCGCUGGUGCCGGGGGGCCCCGGGGGAGCGCUGUCCUCACCACGUCAUCGUCCCGUACCGUUGUCUGCCGGGCGAAUUCGUGAGCGACGCGCUGCUCGUGCCGGAGCACUGCAGGUUCGGGCACCAGGAGCGCAUGGCGGAGUGCGAAAGCGCUGCCCACCGGCAGCGCCAGGCCCAGGAGGCUUGUCGUGCUGAGGGCUUCGAACUACGAGAUUCCGGGAUGCUGCUGCCAUGCGGGCCCGGCCGGUUCCGGGGCGUCGAGUACGUCUGCUGUCCUCCUUCUGGCCCCCCGCCCCCCACCGCUCCCCAAGAAGCCGGGCCCAGCGAGACCCCCACCUUAGCGCCCACCCCGGGCAGGGAAAGGGAGAGGGAAGAGGAGAAAGAGGAGGACGAGGAGGGAGAAGAGUUCCCCGUCCCAGUGGACGAUUAUUUUGUGGAGCCGCCAGGAGCCGAAGAGGAGGAGGAGGAAGAGGAGGAGGAGGAGGGAGGUCGGCGUCCUAGCACCCAUCCCCCUUCAGGGGUCAGCAAGGUGACCCCCACGCCACGGCCCACCGACGGAGUGGACGUUUACUUCGAGGCUCCGGGGGCCGGCGGGGAGCACGCCGGCUUUCUGCAGGCUAAGACGGAUCUGGAGGAGCGGAGGAUGCGGCAGAUCAACGAGGUAAUGAAGGAGUGGGCUGAGGCCGACCACCAGGCCAAAAGUUUGCCCAAGGCUGACAGACAGGCCCUCAACGAGCACUUCCAGUCGAUCCUGCAGACCCUGGAGGAGCAGGUGUCCGGUGAGCGGCAGCGGCUGGUGGAAACCCACCUGGCCCGUGUGGCCGCGCUCCUCAAUGACCAUCGCCGGGCCACGCUCGAGGCCUUCCUGGCUGCUUUGCAGGAACCGCAGCCCCAGGCGGAGCGAGUGCUGCAGGCUUUGCGGCGCUACCUUCGGGCGGAGCGGAAGGAUCAGAGACACACGCUGCGCCACUACCAGCACGUGGCGGCCGUGGACGCUGAGAAGGCCGAGCAGAUGAGGUUCCAGGUUCAGACUCACCUGCGCGUUAUUGAAGAGAGGAUGAACCAGAGCCUGGGGCUGCUUUACCAAGACCGCCAUCUCGCCCAGAGGCUUCACCCUCACGUCCAAGAACUCCUGCGCUCAGAAGGCCUGGGGCCAGGGGCGCUGCCCAGUGUAGAGGAACUAACCCCCUCGGGGGGCAGCAGCGAAGAUGGGGGCUCCCGCCUCCCUGAGAUUGAGGAUGAGUCCGCAACGGCCACUGAAAAAGGGUUGACGGCAGGAGAGGGAGGAGAGGGGGCCCCUCCGGAGGGCGAAGUCACUUCGGUGGAGCUACAGGUGAAUGUAUCGUUGGGGGCCGUGAGGGGGGUCGCCUUCCGUUCCCCCGAGAUCCAGAGGGACGAGCUGGAGCCGGGGCCGGGCGGGGGCCUGGCGCGGGGGGCUCUGGCCGGGCUCCUGGUCGUUGCCGUGGCCGUGGGCGGUGUCGUCUUGUCGCUGCUACUGGUGCGUCGGCGGAGACCCUACGGGGCCAUCAGUCACGGCGUGGUGGAGGUGGACCCGAUUCUGAACUUGGAGGAGCCGAAGCCGAGCUCUCUCCAGCCCCACGGCUACGAGAACCCGACUUACCGCUGCCUGGAGGAGCGAGGCUAACGGCCCGGACCCGCCCUCCGUCACCCGGCCCCACGGUCGGCCCGCCCCCCUCCUCACACUUCGUUGCUCUUAAUUUAUUUGUAUUAAUUUGGGGGUAAGUGAGGAACCCCCCACGCCCUCCCGUCCCGCCUCUUCCCGGAGUCCAUCUGUCCCGUGUUCCCCUUCGCUCUCAGCCCAGCCAGGCGCCCGCACUGGAGGGGAGGGAGGAGGGCGGGGGACUCAGUGAGGGGUUAACGGCUGAACUGUUGGCGCCUUCCCUCCGACCCCUCCCCACACCCACCGCCCUGGCAGUUCUCCCCACCGUCGACCCCCCUCUCCCCCUUCCUGCUGUUGCUUCUCCCCCAAUAAAGACUCCAGGCUGCGGCCGGCUGCUGUUUA